AUGGACUUUUAUCAAGCAAAUUUGGGGUUAUUUGCCGCGGCAAACACCUAUCUUGUUUGGUCUCAACACCGAAAACCGUCUUGGAAACAUGGCCAAGCACCACCAUCUCCGGAUCAAGCGGCAGUAGAAGUUGGUGAGAAAGAUGCAAAGCCAAGUGCACAGGCUCGAGAGUUUCAGUUGAACUUUUUCAUCCCAUAUACACUAGCCGCUGCGGCAGAUUGGUUGCAGGGCCCUCAUAUCUACGCUCUUUACAAGUAUGACAAGCAUCUUCCUGAGAAAAUGGUUGCCACCUUGUACUCCGUCGGCUUCAUCUCCGGCGGCAUCAGUGCCUCAUUUGUAGGCGGUGCCGCUGACAGGUUUGGGCGAAAGAAGGCUUGCUUGCUAUACUGCGUUCUGUAUGCAGUAACGUGCUUGACAAUGAUAAGUGACAGCUUGCCGAUCUUGUUCCUCGGACGCUUUGCUGGCGGCGUUUGCACCACGCUUCUAUAUAGUGUCUUCGAAGCGUGGAUGAUCUCGGACUACCAUGAUAGGGGAUUGCAGUCCUCUGAGCUGGAUCUUGGCCCCGUAUUCAGCACCAUGACCACCAUUAGCUGUGUCGUUGCCAUUGUUUGCGGCGUUUUGGGUGACGUACUUGUAACGGUUUCAGGUACGCGAACUUGGCCAUUUAUGCUUGCCAUAGCAUGUUGUUGUGUAUCGGCGGCUUUCAUUUCAAAGAAUUGGCGAGAGAAUUUGGGGUCCUUGAAGUUGGGCCAGACACCAUCGGACAGCUUCAAAUCUGGCAUUCGUGCCAUUACUGGCAACCCCAAGAUCUUAUCACUGGGGCUAAUCUCGUGCGUGUUUGAAGGCACAAUGUAUCUUUUCAUAUUUUUCUGGUCUGCCGCUUUGCAAACUGCACGGACAGCAACUGGUUCAACCAAGGACCUGCCGUUUGGACUUAUAUUCUCCAACUUCAUGUGCGCCAUGAUGGCCGGGCCGGCGUUAGCAAGUCAUCUGGCUCGACGAUUAAAAGGGACCCAGCGAUCCACCGAUGUUUUAUUCAACGUUAUUUUACUAGCGGCCUGCUGUUUAGCGCUGGCAGUUGCUCUUCGAAACGAGAGGACAAUAUUCUGGACGUUUUGUUUUCUCGAGGCUUGUAUCGGGGCUUACUUUCCCGCUAUGGCUAACUUGAAGAGCGAGUUGGUUGAGGAUAAGAGCCGAGCAAUGAUUUACAGCAUUUUACGAUUCCCCCUCAAUGUAUUUGUUGUCAUUGGGCAUAGCUUGGACAGGGAAGGGAGUGAGCAUCGAGACAAUGUCUUCUUGGUUUGCAGUGCGCUACUCGUCGCGUCAUUUGCUGUGGCACGAAGGUAUUUGCCCUAG